CAGGCGUUUUCUGGAAAGCUUUGAAAUUAUCAAUUUUGCACGAAAAACACACGGCAGAGGUUACACCAUCCAGAAAGUGAUAAUAUUCCAAAAAAUCCUUGCAAGUGCAGCUAAUUUAACAUAAACAUGCGUCACUUUGCUACUGUUGAAUCAAUGCCGGUACAUUGUUUAGUGUGAAUUAGCGCAAUUUCUUCCUUGAGUUUUGUUUGGUUUUGCAUGUUUAUACCUAAGAUUCACUCCGAAAUGGCCUGCCCUACACGCUAUAGACUGAUAAACCCCAGCACGUCCAAAGCCAGCGAUGAGAACGGCUCCGUCUCGUUUUGUAACUGUGAAUAUCCUGUUGGGAUGCGAUGGAGACAUACAACAAAAAAAGCAGUAAAAUGUAAAUGUGGAGAAGAUGCCUCUUCGAGGCUGGACUGGACAUGGGACGCAGAGUCCACGUCGGAAACCGUAGUAUCGGGUAAGAAAGUAAUAUUCCACCCUGUCUACAGCCAAGGUACUUCGGUAGUACGGGGCAACGAACCGCUAAUGCGAGGACGACACCAUUAUUGGGAAAUUAAAAUCCUAUCAACGCUUUCCGGAACGGACAUUAUGUUUGGCAUCGGCACUGAUAAGGUGGAUCUACGACGACAUCGAUUUGCGUUCGCUAGCGUGCUCGGGCUAGACGAUCAAUCGUGGGGUUACUCCUACCGCGGUCUGGCGCAGCACAAUGGUCAGCUGAAAUAUUACGGCAAGAAGUUCAGCCAAGGCCGCAUCAUCGGCAUCUACGUAGAUAUGCAUCGCGGCACGCUCGAGUUCUUCCUUAAUCGGCGCUCCCUCGGCCGAGCCUACACGGGCAUUCCUCGAGAGGACGGGGUCAAAAUAUUUCCUAUGAUUUCCUCCACGUCUGCUAAAUCGUCCAUCAAGCUGAUAAAUGCCGCGUCAUUUGAAGACAGCUUACGGUUCAGCUGUAUGAAGGUGAUCUGCAAGUAUCCGAAGCUUCUCGAACAGGUGAACGGGAUACCCGGGUUACGGCAAACCGUGCAGGAGCUGUGGUUUUUGCAGUUCAAAGACCCGAAACGGCCUGGAGAGUUUGCACAAAAUAACUUACAUUUGGCCGAUGAAGCGGUACUUUGCGGCAAGAAAUUAAAGCUCCUUGGGGACACCACUGUAACCGCUGAACAAUCAGAGAUAAACACAGAGGCAGAAAUUUAUGAUAAUUUACUGAAAAAAGAGGACGUCGGUGGUGAAACAGAAAAGCCCUCACGUGGAAACGGUACCAGUGAAUCGAAUAGUGAUAAUGAUGACCUGUCUGUGAUGAUUUCCAGAGAAUUUUUCUGCAAUCAUUAGGUUAUUUAACUAUACCAGUGUUCCCAAAGCAUUUAUUCACAGUCGAAAAUGGACAUCGUAACUUAUGAGAAACAUCCCUCUCUAUUAUCAUUUCUCAUCAAUCCGACUUUUAUUUCUUUAUUUGUUUUUGAGUGAAAACCUUCCACGUAAAGGUAUUUUACUGUUUACCUUAACUAGAUUCGACCUUAACAUAAUGUAGUAGUGCAUUCUACUUUUGCCAUAAAAAAUCUGAGGCUACAUUUUUCCAACCAGAUUGAAGUUAUUUUUUUACUGAAAUUGAAUUUGAAUUUUCUGUACUUUAGUAAUCAUACAAGAAAUGUUGAAGAAUCAUACAAGAAAUUUGCCUUUUUUCAUACUUUCGGUAAAAGAGUAAAUGGGGCC